AUGAGUCCGCCUUCGAAUCAUUACGUACAAAAAAUGUUCGACAACUACGCCAAAAGUCAGCUGAGCUUCGUGCAGAGCUUUGCGGGACAGGCGAACAAACUGGCGUACGCCGAAUGCCUUAACGAGUGUCGUGCGGUCGAGAURGUCUAUCCACUGUUGCACAACAUCGACCCUGARGUGAGGACGACAGCGGUGUUGGGCUUGUCGAGAUUGGCGGGCAAAAGCCAGUCAUGUGCCAAACAAAUACUGUGUGCGAACAAUCUACUGAAAGAGCUACUAGGACAGAUUGCCAACGAAAACAAAUCUUACAAAUCAAAUUGCAUGAAUCUCAUUCGGAAUUUAAGUAAACACUUGCCGUCGUGUUUUGAAAUGAUAGUUGGCGGAUGUGAUGGAAUACAUGCUAUUUUAACAUGUAUGAAAGAUUUAGAUGUGUCAGUGAGAGAAGUAGCUUUACAAGCAAUUAGUUCCAUCGCUGGUCAAGAUCCCAGUAUUUCACUACACAUCAUAAGUUCUGGUAUAUUGCCUCAAAUUGUUCAAAGCUUAAAAGAGGAACGAAACAAUUCUAAAUUAUAUGCUUUGACCACUUUAAGCGAGAUAGCUAAACACAACCAAAAAUUAGCCAAUAAAAUUUUGACCGUGAAUACUUUACCUCAAGUGAUAAUUUUUUUAUCGACUGAUUAUAGCACAGAAAUUAAACUUCAGGCAAGUGCAUUAGCAUUGAUAAAAAAUAUUGCUAAGCACUCGUUGACUUUAACCGAAACAGUAAUCAAGUCACACAUAUUUCCAGAAGUAUUACUGCUUAUGGCGCAUCCCGACGAAUCUAUACGUUACAAUUCAUCUGAAGUCGUUUGUGAAGUAGUUAAACAUUCUGUUGAUAUUUCAAAGAUGAUUGUUACUACUGGAGGUAUAGUUUCAUUGUUGAACGUCAUUUUGAAUAGCAAUGAAUAUUCUUCUACUCCAGCUGUACUCGCGUUGGGAUACAUUUCCUCCGGGUCACCAUUACUCGCGACGGCUGUUAUCAACUCCAAGGUACUGAAACAUUUGACUACCAUCCUAAAAAACGAUACAAACGACGAUUCUUUAAAAGCCAGUGCGGCAUGGACAUUAGAAAUGAUAGGUCAACACAGUGAUAAACAUUCGAAAUCCAUUUUUGAUUGCCAUGCCGUGAGUGCUAUGAUUGAUGUUUACACUGACUCAAGUCCAACACAAGAGGCAAAUCAUAAAUGCAAAAGUGCCAUUGAAAUCAUAGUGAGAAAAUGUGAAGAUUUUGGUGUUUUAGAAAAAUUGUUGACACCAUCAACUCCUAUAAAAAUAAUGCCACACAUACUUCUUAAGAUGAGCAAUAUGUUGCCAAAAAGCUUUAAAGCACGGCGAAUUUUUAUUAAAAGUGGACAUUUGAAAAUGAUUCAAAACCUUACAUCAGAUAUCAAUUCAAAUUUGUACCAUAUUAUCAAAUCUGUUAAUUGUUGUUUCCCAGAGGUUAUACUACAAAUGAUAGCUGGAGACAUCCCAGAAUCGGUUUUGAAAAAAUCGGAUAAGUAUGUACCAAAAGAUCAAUGUUUGUUAAAGGAUCCAGACAAAUAA